AUGGUAUCGCAGCCCGACUCUUCGACCUCCCUAACCCUGCGAGGCCCUUCCUCGGUCGUUUCGCGUCCCUCCCUCUCGCGCACGAAGCGGUAUAACAGGUCCCAUGUCGGAGGCUCUACCCACAUCCCCCAGAAUGAGUUCCCGGUCUUCAGCAACUCUGGCGAUGUCGAGAUCAUAGUCAAGGCAGGUGGUUACCAACACCGCUAUCUUUUGCAUCGCCACACCCUCACUCGAUGUUCUGGUUUCUUUGAGGCUAGCACAAGCCAUGAGUGGUCUAAACCUGUUUCAGAUGCGGCCUUGGGCGAUCUAGCCCGUGUCAGCGACGGCUCAUCCGCCGAUUCCUCCGCCACCGCUCCGAGCCGAUCCUUGACUGUGCCGACCGGUUCACGGAGACGAUGGCGUUACGAGCUGGACCUAGGCACCGGCGAUGGGGAUAUUCCCAUGUUGGUUCAGAAGGACGAAGACCGACCCCAGACGUCUGGUGCUGCCUCCGGCUCCUUGUUUGGUUCCGGCACCGGCGACAGUAGCCAUCAAGCGCUGCCCGUUAUGCGAAGCAAGACCUCCAGCCACUCACAUUCUUCGUCUGCGCAUUCGAGCCAUAAAUUCUUCCGCUCCGUAGCCAACUUGAGCUUGGUAUCUGGUUCAACAUCUGCCUCACCUAUUUCUCAGGUUGACCAAGACUUGCUACGAGACUACGACAAUCUAUUUCGCAUCUUUUACAACUACCCUCCCACCCUGGAUGGUGUUAACAUCGCUGACGCUUACGUGCACUGCAAAUCGCUGUUAACUUUGGCGGACCAAUAUGACGCGCUGGCCGUGGUCGGGCCUCGGGUGGAUCACCAUCUGUUACAAUUUCAGUCGAGACUCUGGAAGCAAAUUGCCAAAUAUCCCAUCUCCUAUCUUCGUCUUGGCUAUCUCGCACGUAGCAAAGUCAUAUUUCAGGAGGCUCUGAUACACGUAGUCGGCCAAUGGCCGGCUGGAGAGCGAAGUCUGCGUGCUGCUCUUCCCGACACGGUUCUAGAUAUUAUCGAGGACAAGGCUGAUGAACUAGAGAAAAUCGUCAGCCGCAUCGAGGGCCGCCUAUUUCGGCUUAACCUCAUGACAGCCCGAGGUGAACGUGUCACUCCUGGCACAUCAUACCUGGACUGGCUUGCUGUCAGCCUGUUUCGGCAAUGGUUGGCUGAUAACACCAAUCCUCACACACCAGAUCGACGCUCUCAAACCUCACGUGACGGCCACGGCAUGGAUUCCCAACAACUUGCAUUCUCAGCUACAGCUCCGCGUCUAGCAACUGUUGGCCGUACGUAUCGGACGCUUGGCGCUUCCUUGCAGUCCUAUCUUGGACAUGACGAAUGCAAGCGAUUUUUGAAAUUGACGCCUGAGUUGUACAGCCGUGACAACCUCCGUCGCUUCGAAAAGCGCGUGGAUGAACUCAAGAUAAUGGCUCGUGAAAUUGUCUGGCCUUUGAUGGAGAGCGGGCUUGAGCUUGACAUAAGUAGUGGAAGGAUAGCGGAUGGGAUUGGAUACCUUACUUGUGUUACCGUGGGGGACCACGAUCUUCCCUGGCAUGUUGAGCAUCUGGGCUAA